AUGACUGCAUAGUGCAUAGUCUCCUUGCCUUGAAGAGCUCUCUCUCUCCCUCUAUAUAAGCCCCACCAUUACCUGUUGUGGAUGUCUCAAAGCCAUUCUCUCUAUUUCUUCGUUCACAUAAAAAUUCAUAAAGACUCAUCAUCCACAUAAAAAUGCAGGGGCCUAGCUUCAGAAACCUCACAUUCAUGCUCUUCAUUGCUUUUCUUGUUUGGUCUUCGAGUUUCGAGAGUUGUAUUGCUAGAAGAGGUAAGCAUUGGAGGCAAAGCAGAGCAACCUCUGCUUCCCUAGCCAAGAAGAAAGGAAAAAGCCAUAACAGUGGUCAUCACCACCAUAAUGGUGGGUCCCAACCUAAAGCUCCUCCAUCACAUAAAGCUCCAGUAUCUCCACCAUCAAAGCCAGGAGAGAAUAUACCACCAAGCCCACCUCAGAAAGGCAAUAAUGGUGGCCAUUCUAUGAUCUUCAAUGUGCUUCAUUUUGGCGCUAAGGGUGAUGGAAGUACCGAUGAUACUAAGGCGUUUCAAGCUGCAUGGGCGGCUGCAUGCAAAGUAGAAGCAUCAAUAAUGAUCGUUCCAGCAGAAUAUGAAUUCCUUGUGGGACCAAUAUCUUUCUCUGGUCCUUACUGCAAAGCAAACAUUGUAUUUCAGCUGGAUGGCACAAUCAUUGCUCCAACAAACUUCAAUGCAUGGGGUAAAGGACUGUUCCAAUGGCUCGAGUUCACGAAGCUGAUUGGUAUCACUGUUCAGGGUAAAGGUAUCAUUGAUGGCAGAGGCUCAGGAUGGUGGCAAGACUCCCAGUAUGAGGACCCUAUAGAUGAUGAAGCGAAACUAAUCAUCCCAUUAAACAAGACCAUAGAAAUAAACCCACCAAUGCCGAUAAGUACCGAACUCGGGAGGGGAAUGCCAAGCAUUAAGCCAACUGCACUAAGGUUCUAUGGAAGUUUUAAUGUGACGGUUACAGGCAUAACAAUACAAAACAGCCCCCAGUGCCACCUCAAGUUUGACAACUGCAAGGGAGUUUUGGUACACGACAUGACCGUCUCAUCUCCUGGUGAUAGCCCCAAUACAGAUGGAAUUCACCUACAGAAUUCGAAAGAUGUUCUAAUUCAUAGCACAACUGUUGGAUGCGGCGAUGAUUGUGUUUCAAUCCAAACUGGGUGCUCAAAUGUAUACAUACACAAUGUGAACUGUGGACCAGGACAUGGAAUCAGCAUUGGAAGCCUGGGAAAGGAUGAUACCAAAGCAUGUGUCUCAAACAUCACCGUUCGAGAUGUGAAUAUGCACAACACAAUGAAUGGAGUCAGAAUCAAGACAUGGCAGGGUGGAUCAGGUUCUGUACAGGGGGUCCUGUUCUCAAACAUCCAGGUGUCUGAGGUCCAACUUCCAAUUGUAAUUGACCAGUACUAUUGUGAUAAAAGGAAGUGCCAGAACCAAACAUCAGCUGUGUCUCUAUCAGGAAUUACCUAUGAAAAAAUAAGAGGGACAUAUACAGUUAAGCCCGUUCAUUUUGCCUGCAGUGACAGCUUACCAUGUCUAGACGUAUCUCUGAAUACCAUCGAGCUAAAACCACUGCAAGAACACUAUCACAUGUAUGACCCAUUCUGCUGGAAAACUUUUGGAGAGUUAAGAACUCCCACUGUACCUCCCGUCAAUUGUUUACAGAUUGGCAAGCCACCAAACAACCGACCUCAGUCUGAUGGUGAUUUAUGUCAAGCUUAGUAAAGGUAAAUUAUGGUUUAUCUACUUGCGUGGUCGGCAUGCUUUUAACGACCCCUUUCACUCCAUCAGCUAUUUAGGUAAAGAACGUAUAUUUAGGCAGUUCAAGAUAGUUGGAAUUCUUUUUUCUUUUACUGCUCUUAUAAUAUAUUGGUUUUUACUAUGUGGAAAAAUAUUGUUUCUGCCAUUUAGACUGUAGAUUUUAAGGCAGCUUUGUUUGCUAUAGCAGAUUUCCUAAUUGUGCGAUUGUAUAUUAGUACUUGAUUACUUUCCAUGAAAGCAAUAAAUACCUUUUGCACA